AUGGCCCUGGCCACAAAGUUUGGGGCACAGCCGGCAGAGAGCGUCCACUUGGAACUUGAACCACCCUUAAAGCCGCAAGAAGCUGCAGAGUUUGAUGAACAAGGCCUGCAGAAUACUGAGAAUGCCCAGGGUAUCGAGAGACGAGGGAAGGUCCUGGCAAUGCUUCACGCCCUCCGGAAGGUCUGCAACCAUCCAGCGUGCCUGGAUGUGGACAAGUAUCCGCAGGGCACCAAUGCGAGCACCAUCCCAGUUGGCUCCGACAUCAACGCCAGCGGGAAGUGCGCCAAGCUGCGGGAGCUCCUGGAGGCCAUCAUCGGAGGGGACGAGAAGGUGCUGAUCUUUACCAGCUACCUCAACACGGUCGAUCUUAUAAAGAGCCAGGUGGAGGCCGGUUUCAACGUGAAGGUGCGGACCAUUGUCGGUGCCAUGGAUGCGCGCCAGCGUCAGGAGGCCGUGGAUGCCUUCCAGAACGACAAAGCCGUCUCUGUGCUCAUUCUGAGCCUGCAGGCCGGCGGUGUGGGCCUGACUCUGACGGCCGCGACGCACGUUAUCCACUUUGACCGAUGCUACAACCCAGCUAAAGAGGCGCAGGCCACCGAUCGAGCUCACCGCAUUGGUCAGACGCACACGGUCUUUGUCCACCGGCUCAUCACGAAGGGCACCUUUGAGGAGCGGCUCCAUGACAUCAUGGUGGCGAAGCAGAAGCUGUCCGACCUGACGAUGGUCGGUGGCGAAGGCUGGAUCGCUGACCUCAGCAACAACGAGCUCCGGGAGCUUUUCGAGCUCAGCGGCGACGGCGGCGAUGCCGCGCCGAAGGUCAAGCGCCGCAAGCGCGCGCAGGCUGCCACAAACGUGAUGGCCAUGGAUGCAAACGGAUGCUUGCACGAGGCUGGUGCGUCCAGCAUCUCAGCCAUUGGAUGCGAUUCUGCAGCUGAUGUCCCGGAGAUUGCGCGCUGGACGCGCAAGGAGGCUUCGUGCCGCUGUGCCGACCAGGCCACGAGCUUCAAUGAGGAGAGGCAGCGGCUGCAGGUCCUGGAACGCACGGGAUCUGUGCUGAUGAAGGGGUGGGAAGAGGUUGCUCGCAUGCUGGGCGUGCGAAGCCUUCAGGCCACGAGCUUGAAUGAGGAGAGGCAGCAGCUGCAGGCCACGAGCUUCAAUGAGGAGAGGCAGCAGCUGCAGACGAAGCUGGAAGAUGUCCAGCGACAAGUGCAGCAGAAAGACCGCGACUACACCCAACAGCUGGCCUCAGAGCGCGAGAAGACCAAGGAUGCGGAACAGCGAUGUGUCAAGCUGCAAGCGGAUUUCGACCAACAGGUGAAAGCACUUUCCGAGGAGGGUCACGCGCGUGAGCUGUCAGCUGCAAAUGUCGAACAGAACCUGCGGAGUCAGUGCGAUGAGCUGAAGGGUCAGGCAAGGGACCUGUCUGAUGAGCUCCAAGGCACCAAGCAGAAGCUGACGUCCACCGAGGGCGAGCUACGCCGUCGGACUUCCGAACUUGACAACGAGCGGCUGCGGGUGGCGGAGGAGAAGUCGGAGUGGGAAAGCAGGUACGCCUCCCUCCUUCGACAGUGCGAAUCCCUCACAGCGGAGCGCAGUCAGCUGACGUCCGAGAUCGAGGAGCUGACGGAGCAUGCCGGGCUGUUGCGCGACGAGGCCCAGCAGCAGCGCCAGGAGAUGGAAGAUGCCUACGGCAGUGUGACGUCUGUCCUUGAGAACGAGCGCGAGGAGGCGAAGAAGGAGGCAGAGGCGUCCAAGCUUCAGAUCCAACAGCUGCGGGCGGACCACGAGCUCCUUAUGCAGGAUAAGGAAGAGCUGAGUCGGGCCUUCGAUGCCAUGAAGGAGGACUCGGAGAAGGCGUCACGGCAGAUGCAGGAAGAGCAGGCUGUCACAGUGGCGCGUCUGCGGCAGCAGCACGAGGAGGCGUCACGGCAGAUGCAGGAGGAACAAGCGGCCGCAGCGGCGCAUCUGCGGCAGCAGCACACGGAGGAGCUUGAGGCAGUGAGGGCAGAGAUGGCGAGGCAGACGGAGGAGUUCCAGGUGGAGAAGCAGCAACUGCGCCAGAAUGAGGCCAACGUGCUACAGCUCCACAACGACCUUUCGGGAAAGUACUCGCAGCUGGAGGCACAGCUUGAGCAUGCGCGGGAGGAGGCCAGCAACAACAUCCAGGCCAAGGACGCAGCCUUGGAGAAAACAGCCCAGACUGCCCGCGAUCAACAGGCGCAGCUGGAGCAGAAGCUGCAGGAGAAGCAGUCCGAGCUCGACAGGAGCCGCUCAGACUUCGAGGCACAGCUGGCGCAGCUGCAGCAGGAGCAUGACGGCCUGCAGAGGCAGCAUUCGGAGCUUCAGCAGGGGCACACCAGCUUACAGACGGAGCACAAGCAACUGCAGGCCAACCAUGCAGAUGCGGUCCAGGAGCGGGAGAAGGUGGCCAGCGACUUUGAUGAAUUCCGCCGGGAGAUGGUGCAGAAGCUGAGGGACAAGGACGACAACCUCUCCACCACCGUCGGCGACCUCAGGGCGGAUGCGGAGAAGUCCGCCGCGGCCAAGCAGGCCGAGAUCGACCGCCUCACCGCGGACUUCGAGCGAGAGCGGCAGAACCUGCGAAACGACGUGUCCGAGACACAGGCGCAGCUUGCAGGCCUGCGCGACGAGCUUCAGAAUAGCAACCAGGCGUCACGGCAGAUGCAGGAGGAACAAGCUGCCGCAGCGGCACGUCUGCAGCAGCAGCACGCGGAGGAGCUUGAGGCAGUGAGGGCAGAGAUGGCGAGGCAGUCGGAGGAGUUCCAGGCGGAGAAGCAGCAGCUGCGACAGAACGAGGCCAACGUGCUACAGCUCCACAACGGCCUUUCGGUAAAGUACUCGCAGCUGGAGGCACAGCUUGAGCAUGCGCGAGAUGAGGCCAGCAACAACAUCCAGGCCAAGGACGCAGCCUUGGAGAAAACAGCCCAGACUGCCCGCGAUCAACAGGCGCAGCUGGAGCAGAAGCUGCAGGAGAAACAGUCCGAGCUCGACAGGAGCCGCUCAGACUUCGAGGCACAGCUUGCGCAGCUUGAGAAGGAGCAUGACGGCCUGCAGAGGCAGCAUUCGGAGCUGCAGCAGGGGCACACCAGCUUACAGACGGAGCACAAGCAACUGCAGGCCAACCAUGCAAGUGCCGUCCAGGAGCGGGAGAAGGCGGCCAGCGACUUUGAUGAAUUCCGCCGGGAGAUGGUGCAGAAGCUGAGGGACAAGGACGACAACCUCUCCACCACCGUCGGCGACCUCAGGGCGGAUGCGGAGAAGUCCGCCGCGGCCAAGCAGGCCGAGAUCGACCGCCUCACCGCAGACUUCGAGCGGCAGCGGCAGCAACAAAUGUCGGAGCACAGGCAGCUUCUUGAGCGUCACUCUGCUUUGGAGGCCACGCUGUCCCAGCAACGUGCCGAGAUCGAGGGGCGAGAUCGUCGUGCGACGCAGGAGGCAGACGAGCACCAGAAACGUCUCAGUGAUGUGCUUCUUGAGCGCGAGGGCGCCGAGCAAGAGAGGCAGCUUCUUCAGCGCCAGCUCGACCACCUGCGCACCCAGAUGGACGAGGCCUUGAAGCAGAAGGAGCACGAGCACAACACAUCGGCCGCCAACCUUGAGCGCCUGCGUCGGGAGGAGUUGGAGCAGGCGCGGUCCGAGCUGGAGCGGGCUCAGCACGUUACGCAGGAGAAGCAGGCCGAGCUCUUGCGCCAGUCCGAGGACUUCGAGGGCCGGGUCCGGCAGCUGCAGGAGCACCAAGCCGACCUCGAAGCGCGCCACGGCACCCUGCAGGACAACCACGAACGCCUGGCACGCGAAAGAGAAGCUGUGGGCCGGGACUUCGAUGGAUUCCGGGCCGAGGCAGCGGAAAAGCUCCGCGCCCGUGAAGAGGAGCUCGCCAAGCAGCUUCAGGACCAGGCAAGCGAGCAGUCAGCUCAAGCCAGUGACUUCGCGGCGCACCGGGCGAAGCUCGAGCAGCAGUGCGGCGACUUGCAGCAGCGGCUGGAGCGUUUGCAUGCGGAGCACACAGGCGCGGUGGAGGAGCGCGCUCGUCUGCAAGAGGAGUUCGACAGCUUUCGUGACGCAUCGGCGCAGAAGCUGCAAGCCAGCCAAGACCAGCUCAUGAAGACGGCUUCUGAGUUGCAGGAGGAGAUGACGCAGCAGCAGAAAGCCCAGCAGGUCGAGCACAGCCGCCAGCGAGAGGAAUGGACUGCAGCACAGGCCGAGCUGAAGACGGCCUCAGCGGCCGAGCUGGAACGCAAGCAAGGGGAGUUCGACGCCGAACGCAAGCGAUUGGAGCAGAGCCGGGCAGAGCUUGAGCAGAGGGUCGCGGACCUCAGCCGCGACAAAGCGCAACUGAGCUCUGACAUCGAGGAGGUGCAGGGCAAAGCCUCGGAGCUCCGCCGGGGUGCAGAGCAGCAGCACGAGCAGAUGGCCGAAGCCCACCGAGGCGUGGUGGGUGGCUUGCAGAGUGACCUGGAGCGCGAGAGGCAGCAGCGCGAGCAGGUGGAGCAGGCUCGGGCAGCUCUGGAGGAGGCCUUGCGGGCCAAGGAAGAGGCAGCCCGGCUUCUCGAGACCAAGUUCGAGCGCUCGACCGCGGAGCUCAACGAGGUGGUGGCCACACUCCGGCAACGUGACCAGGAGCUCGGAGAUCGAUCGGCUGAGGUGUCUUCACAUGUCGCUGAGCUUCAGGACCUGCGGCAACGCCACGCUGAGGCUGAGGCGGAGAGUGAGCGCCGACGCCUGGACUUGGAGCAAGGCCGCGCGGGUUCGGCGCGGGAGCUCUCUUCCAAGGACGCCGAGCUUGCGAAGCUCCGUGACGAGGCAGGACGUCUCCAAGCACGCGAAGAGGAGCUGGCGCGGGAGGUCCAGGCCAAGGCCGCCGAGCAUGGCCAAGUGUCGGCCCAGCUCCACGAACGUGGCCAGGAGCUCGCAGAUCGCACAGCGGAGUCGCAAGCGCAGAAAGCUGAGCUGGAGGACCUCCGGCAGAAACAUGCGGCGCUGGAGGCGCAUCGCUCGCAGCUGGCGAGCGAGAGUGAGCAGCUGCGCCUGGACCUGGCAAGAGGCCAGGAGCGAUCCACCCAGGAGCUUGCGGCGAAGGAGGCGCAGCUCGCCUUGCUGCGAACGGAGGCCAGUCAGAGCCAGGAGUCCGCGAGAGCUGAGCUUGGCGACCGCGAGCGGCAACUGCAGGAGGCGCGCGAGGGAGCAGAGGCCGACCGAGCGGCGCUCCACCGGGAGAAAGAAGCCCUCCAGGAGCAGCUGAACCAGAGGGCAGCCACUGCAGCCGCGGAAGCAGAGAGACUGGAAGCCGACAAGGCGCAGCUGUCGUCUCUUCUGGAGGACGUGCAGGCCGAGUGCGAUCGGAAGUUGGACGAGGAGAACAUGCAGAGCUCCAGUCGGAUCUCGCAGCUCGCUGAAGACUUCGAAAAGCAGCUGGCGGCGAAAGAGGAGAAGGCGGAUUGCAUGCGCUGA